AUGUUUAGAUACGCGCCUAGCUCCAGCGUUGGACUUAGUAACUCCCUGGAAUCUCGAUUGCACGUGAUGGAGAUGAGAAUGCUGCAAGAAGAAUCUAACUUGCAGCAGAAGAUGGAAAUGGGAAUCGGGACAUCCAGGAAAGAACUUUUGUUAUACGCUUCGUUGGUUAAGGACUACAGAGAGGCAGCCGCAAAGCUACAGACCGAAUUGACGAAGCUAGUAAUCAAGAAGGAGGCUUUGAUUCAGGAAUGCUUCAUCGCCAAGGAGCAAGUGGACAGAUUCCGUAAUAUUUACACUGAGCUCCUGGUGAAAACGGAGAAUGAAAAAUGCGAAAUUAACUAUUUGACCCUUCGAAAAGCAGCUUACGCUGCAGACCUCAAUAAACUGAAGCAGGAAGUUAAAAAAUUCGUUGGUGACAAUGCAGAUUUGGCCAGCGUUUCCAGCAAACUCGAUAAAGAAGCAGAGAAUCUGUCGGUUAAAAAGGCGGAUCUGCUUGAAUCCAUAGACGUAGCGAAGUACGAUGUGCAGACCCUCAAAGAAGAACUGCAAUUGUUAUCCAAUGAGUACGACUCCUGUAAGAGAGAGAGAGAUGACCAGGUAUCUAGCAUGCUGCUGCACAUCCAAAACAUACAGCUCAAAGAAAAAGGGAGGAUGGAUGAUGUCGAAGAGAUUCUAGGCGGCGUAGAAACAUUGUCGGCAAUAUCUGGUAAGGCGGGGACCAAGGGAGAGGGAGGGGGCUUUGUCGGGCGGUUGGUUCAAUGCCCGAACGAGAGAACGCGACGCGGCUGGGGGAGCACGAAGGGAUCUUUGGUUAGCGACUAA